AUGCCACCACCAGAUUUCACCUCUCCCCUCACCUUCAAAACCUUCAACACCAUCCCCUCCACCGCCGCAUCCCCACCACCCCCCUCAGAAACAUACUACCUCCUCGCCGAGAUAAAAGAAAACCUCUCCCUCACCCGCCCAACCCUAAUCUGCUCGGACCUCUCCUCCACCUCCUUCGCCCUGACUUGGUCCGACCUCCACGCCUCUCCCCACGCCUCCGACGUUGACUUCAAGGCCCUAGGUCUCAAAAAGGGGAAUUGUGUCCUCUUGCCAAAUGCCAAAAGAACUGACUCCUCAGAUGAGGUGAAGCAAGGCAAGAUUGUGAUCCCCGGGGGCAAGGAUGAGUGGCAAGGAAAGUCCGGGCUGAGGGUGAUACCAGGCAAGCUGGAAAAGGUGGUGGAGGUGGGGCAGGAUUGGGAGUUUGUGAUUGAGGAGGGGGAGGGGAAGUGUGGGAGUUGCGGCAAGGAAGGGAGGGAGGAGGAGCUGGCCAAGUGUACGGGGUGUAGGGGGGUGGGGUAUUGUUCCAAGGUAUGCCUCUCACUGUUGAAUAUAAGAAAUGAUGAUGCUAAUGGGGGAGAACAGGAGUGUCAGGUUAAAGGCUGGGCAGAAGGUGGCCACAAGAGUACAUGCAAGAUUAUCAAGACCUUCAAGGAGAUAUGGCCUUGA